AUGAACGUACAGCUAUCUUUUGUCUUGAAAAUUUACGUUAGAAAGUGUUUUUCUGUUGAAGAUCAUCAAUCGCAUUUUUCUGAAAAUAUUUACAUUAUCGCUACCAAUCAAAAUUUAGUCAUUAGUUUCUGCAUUUUACUCCGCGGAAUACGGACCCGAGUAUUAUGGGAUGGUAAUGGUGGGCGCGUGAUUUUGAACAAACACAGAAUGCCUGCCCAGAGAACAGGCAUAGGAAAUAACGAAGCUUUCACAGUUGUAACAGUAGCAAGUGAUGGAUUAAACACUUCCAGCGUGAACAGUUUAGAAGGCAUUGCCUCAUCAUCAAAGUUUGUUGACAUCCCAACGGCUGUGGAUUACGAGCCCAUCGAAAAUCUGGAGACUCCCCUGGAUACGUUUGUAAUCUCUUCCACACCUGAAAUAGGUGGAGUGGAAACGGUGCUAGUGGAAGGUCAGCCUCCUGGCUCAGUUGUGUUGCCACAGAAUGAUUCUGUGGCGAGUAAUGUACAACAGCCGGAAAUCAUCUAUGUGUCUCAGCCACCCGCUGCAAAACCUACACCAGAAGUUUUUGUUGUUUCACAACCUUCUGCAACGAAAGCCGUGACAACCAUCAAGAGACCUUUAUCAGGAUCUGGAAACAGUCCUGUGGUGACUAAAGUGAUAAUUACCAAGAACCCUAAUACUAGUCAACCUCAAGCCAUGCCCAUCCAACUGAAUCAGGUCCUUGGUCAGACCAUGUCUCUGUCAUCCAUGGGACAGGGAAUCAACAUCAUACCCCAGGGCUCACAGACACCCACAAAGACAAUAACUAUAUCUCCGCAGGGCAUUGUGUCGGCUUCUUCCAUGAAACUGACAACUAUGUCCUCACCGGGUAAAGUAGGAAUACCAGUGCGACAACUUCCAAUGUCACCCACAAAGACUCCUACCAAAAUAACAAUGAUUCCUGUGUCGGUGGGAAAGUCCCCACAGCGGAUAGCACCAGCUGCAAUAUCUAUGUUAGCAAAGAAUCCAUCAGAACCUGGGUCUUAUACACCAGUGACUAUUUCCAGUACAACUGGUAAUACUGUGACAGUGUCGAGACCUACUGUGAAUAUGAUAACGAUGUCGCCAUCAAAAGUUUUAAAACAAGGGACGGUGCUGCAAUCCGGCCAGACAUUACUUGGCUCCAACCCUCAGAUAAUUACACAGGGAGGGGUGAAACAGAUGGCCAUUCCUAUGUCCAGUGUCCACUCGGUCCAGGGCAGCAAGUUCCAGUAUCUUCGGUUGGUCGCUCCUUCCUCCCAAGGUGGGAAGACGGCGGGAGGGCAGUUGACAUCAGUGGUACAUGGAAUACCAGUGUCCAACUCUGGGACAGUUUCCUUGGGUCAGCAUGGAGGACAACAAAUGAAAAUCACACUUCCACUGCAGGGUUCACAACUUAAAACAGUGGUAUCCCAGGCUGGUUCUGCUGGCGUACAUCGAAUCCUGUUGCCAGCUCAGCCGAACCAAGUACGUUUGAGUACUGGCGGUACAACAACAUCAGCCACAACACUCCAGCAGAUCCGACCGGCCAGCUCUGCAUCCCUAGGACAGCUGCCCCCUGGUGCCACCAUACUGUCGGCGGGUAACAGUGCUCAAGGACUACAAGGAUUUGCUCUGGUACCAGCUUCGUAUCUCUCACAGAUGCAGCAAGCUCCCGCUAAGCCUGUAGCUCCAGUGCUGCCUCCAGAACCCCAGGUUCAGCAGAGUCGACAGGACUACAUAGCCAUCGCCAGUAAUGACCCCUCUAUUAGUGCUAACGCCAUGGCAAGAAACUCUGUCAAUGGCCUAAGUCCUGUGAUAGAGCCGACCGGUGCCAGACCAAGAAAGCCAUGUAACUGUACAAAAUCCCAGUGUUUAAAGCUGUACUGUGACUGUUUUGCAAAUGGCGAGUUUUGUCAUAAUUGUAACUGUAACAACUGUGCUAAUAACCUGGAACACGAAGAGGAACGAUCUAAAGCUAUUAAAUCAUGCCUGGACAGAAAUCCAAUGGCAUUUCACCCAAAGAUUGGUAAGGGCCGAGAGGGUAAUGGAGACCGGCGACAUAACAAGGGCUGUAACUGUAAACGCUCCGGAUGCCUUAAAAACUACUGUGAAUGUUAUGAGGCGAAAAUUAUGUGUUCAAAUCAUUGUAAAUGUGUUGGGUGUAAGAACUUUGAGGAAAGUCCAGAACGGAAAACCUUGAUGCAUUUGGCUGAUGCAGCAGAGGUACGGGUCCAGCAACAGACAGCAGCCAAAAGCAAGUUAUCAUCACAAAUAUCUGGGAUACCUUCACGGCCCCCAGUCUCCUCCGCCACCGGGGAAAGGUUACCGUACACCUUCAUCACGGCAGAGGUGGCUGAGGCGACGUGUGCUUGUCUGCUGGCACAGGCGGAGGAAGCGGAACGGCUCAAGAUGCCCCCGGUUGUUCAAGAACGAAUGGUGAUUGAGGAAUUUGGGCGAUGUCUUCUACAAAUUAUCGACUCGGCAAACAAGACAAAAGACUCCGACUCAAAUUCCUGAGACAAAGACAGGCAGGCGUAGCCGGAGAAGCCCCUCCCACUAACCAGAGCAUGCAGUCCCUCCCUGUGCAUCAUGACCCCCUACUGUGUACCAUCAUCUCAUCUGUGCAUGCUGUAGGCUGGUCCCUGACCAGUGUCCAGCUCCCGGUCAAACAUCCUGCAUGUCGCUCCAACACGUCUCCCCAAGUGCUGACCAUACAGUUGCUUGCUCAUCCCGUCAUCAAUCUCAUUAGUGCACCGUCAUUUGUCUUCUGUAUCAUCAAUGUCACCUCAUCGUCCUGUACAUGUCUUCAAAACUUUUAACUGCAAGAAUUGCUCUUUAUGUCCAUUUUUUUCCACAAAAGUUACUUGAAAUGUAAAAUGGGCAGCAAACAAGAUAUGAUGAAGGAAAUUUUAAGAUAUGUUUGGUAGAUUUUGGCAAUUUUUUCUAGAUUUCAAAAAUAAUGGAUAUAAAUAUAAAAAUGAUCAUUGAAACUAUCCAGAAAAAAAUAUGUGCUUGUUACUGCUUAUAUUUUGAGUGUACCAUUUUCCAAUAUAUUUUUUUAAGAUGGACAGGUAAUGAAAUAUUUUUUAUUGAAGAACAGUGCUAUAAUCAUCAGGUUGUUGAUGUUUUUUCCGCUGUGUACAUUGUUCUAUGUAGAUAUACCUCAGGAGAGUGACGGAGAACCGUGAUUUGUGAUGCACAUGGAGAUAAAACAACAGACGUAUUGUGGAAAGAAAACCGGCCAAGUUGGUAGAUGAUGAGUGCAGAUUCCCUCGGUGUCGAGUGGGAACUUGUGUCGAGGCUCUGGACUUCACCGUUUAACUGUGUUCACUACCUAGAUUCUAUGCAUCAUGUGAGAAUGGACGUGUCAGCGAUGACUCUGGAGAACGGGGCCAGACAUGCCAUUUUAGGAACCCUCAUUUAAGUAAUUGUGUACAUAAGGGCGAGUCGCACAAGUAUGGGACUCGCCUUGUAUAUUUACCAGUGAACAGAUGUAUAUUAUGAGAUUGGUGCAAAACAUUGUACAGAAAGUUUUAUUUAAUAUAUUAUGAAUGACGGAAUCUGACACCAAACCUGCCUAUUAUCGAAGUGGCAACAAGCGUUGUCACUGUGCUUAAUUUCAGUGGCGUUCCGUUCCUGUCAGCCACUGUCAAUGCAAUGUCAACACUAACCCGUACGCCUUGGUUGAUUGCUUCGUCCGCCCCUCCGUUACACCGUAUUUACACCCGAAUAGCCAUCACUACAUCUCAAUAGGUUUCCUUAGAUCUGAGAGUUUUCUACAAAUGUUGUGUGGGGAUGAAAGAAAACCUAUGAAAGUUAAACCGUCUGAAUGUUGACUUGAGCGUAUGAUAAUGAACUAGCUGGCAAUUACAAGAACCUGCGUCCAUCCAAGAGGUUUAUUAAUUUUACAUAAUCAUUCAGUGGGUUUGAUCUUUAGGUAGAAUAGUGUAGAUCGGCACUAGUGCCUGGUUGCAUUUAUAUAACUGGGUUGAUUAACUCCAAAACAUUACAAAUAAUGCAGUGAUCAAGCAUUUUACCAAAAUUAUCCUUAAAAUUUUCGUAAAUCCAUCAACUUCACUUAUUAAACAUUACAUGGGAAAUUUUAUAUAAACACAUUUCAAAAACGAACAGCUUUUCUUGGUUCUCCUUUUAGUAUUUGUAUUUUUUUGGGGAAAAAGUAAUUUUGGUGUUUAAAUACAGAAGCGAUGCAAAAAUUGAAAUGAAAAUCAUGAAACUGAGGUUUUAAAAGUAUUUCCUUGACAAGUUUUACCCUAACAUCUCUAAAUAUUCCAUUUAUACAUUAAAUUGUUGAACUUCCUACUCUACCACUAGCGAAGUGAUUAGUCAGUUAAUCUCCAUUAUUUAUAUCCAUUUGAUUGGUUUAACUUUAUAAACCAACAACAAUAAACUUCAUUAGAUAUUCAAAAGUUAUCAUUUUGUUUUACGUCAUUUUUUUUUUGUUUUUUGUUUUUUUUGCCAUUAUUGUAAUUCUGGUAACGAGAAAUGUACAUUUUAUAACUGUUGCAGUCUAUGUGUGUAUGAUUUCCAGGUCAUAUUCACAGUCAUUUUCCAACAACAUUCUGUCUAUGUAUUCCUCCUAAGUUACUUUAAACAUACUGAAAUCAGUGCUGUCCGUAUCGUACAUUUUUAUCGGCUUGUUCACAAAUGAGGAACCGACACUUUUCUGGUAUAUGUUCACUAGAUGGUUGUGAUGAUGUAUGUAAUUUAGUUCUUUGAAGCGAGAUGGAGCAAGGCAAUCGCUUGAAAAAGUGUUUCUUUAACGAGUAUGUUUACAGUAUCUUGUGGCAGACACUAUUUGUACUGAAUUAAUUUAGUCCCAUUGUCAUCAAGAAAUGUUAAUUCACAGUUCUCAUCAUCAUAAGUGAUUUCAUGAGAAAAUUGCAUAUUGAUUUGGCUUCUUCGUUGACUUCAAACAUCAAUGAAGACUCUGUUUGCUGUUUUAAGUUCUUACCGUGUUCUCCGUCUUUUCCUUACCUCUUUCUAUCUUUCUUAUACUUUAAAAGUCAUAACCAUUUGACACAUUUUUUUUUGCUUUGAAAGUACUAAGUGAGCAUUUUCUCAUUGUUUGUACCUUAUGAUGGUAAUUUUUUUCCGAAGAAGUCAUUUAUCAGUGACUGACUUGAAAGAAAUUUUGGGUGUAUAGAAUGGUAUGUAGAGUCGGUAGCCAAGGUUCUUUAAUCUAACAUUUCCAGGGGUGUUUUGUACCGUUGCUAUGGAUACCAAGAUGCAACAAUACUGUAAUAGAUAUCAUAAUUAAUACGCUGUGGUAACAGCUGUUUUCUAAAAAGUAGAGACUAAUUGAUUCAAUAAAUAACAGUGAUAGUGUAAGUUGAUCAUAUUUAUCAAUCACAUACCAGUCAUCCUAUUUCAUAAUGGAAACCAGGGACAUCCAAUUCAAUAUUUAUAGUGCAUUGUUAUUAAGACCACCAGGUAGGCUUGUAGAAUAUAAACUCACGAUAGGAUUUUUUUUUCGAGAACCUACCAUGAAAUCGGGUAUAAUAAUGAGGGUUUUAAGAGCAUAGAUGUCAAGUAGAAGUUCAUAAUGAUAUUAAUCUGUGUAUAUUAAACGCCAAAAAUACAUGUGAUCUCUUAAAAAAUAGGGUGACCCAGGCCUCGAUACUGUGUAAUCUUAUAAGUGCUGUAGCCCAAUAAAUGAAAGUGUCCUUCUAUAUGAUAGGGAUAAAAAAAACCAGUAAAACUUCCUUCCAGAAUGGAUUUCCACACACAGUUGAAGUGAAUUUUCAUAUUAAAACUAUUUCAUGCAUGUUAUACUAUCCUUUAUUUUUUCAAUCGGUGUCAAUGGUGGUUGCAACCUAGUUUUUCCGACGGCGGCGUCAACAAUGUUAAGGUUUUGCGUUUAGCUCUGUUUCUGACAAAGCUGCACCAACAAAACCUCCAUCAUAGAUGAAGCAUGGGUAGUGGAGCCUACUGCACUAAAAACAUUUCAUUGAUUUCUGCAUUUUUUUGGUAAAAACUCAAAUUUCUGGACUUCGAAAAAACUCAACGUUAAGGUUUUGUGUUUAGCUCUUACAUAUUAGGCUGUUUCUGACAAAGUAUAAAUGCUAGAGCAACCAAACUUGGGUCAUAGGUGUAUCAUGGGAUGUAUAGCUGAAUGCAUUACACUCUUUACUAGCAUUUCAACGAUUUUUGUAUUUUUUGGGUAAAAACCUCAAAUUUCUGGACUUAGAAAAAAAAUCAACGUUAAGGUUUUGCGUUUA